AUGGGACAGCGGCUCCUCCCGGCCCAGAACGAGCUGCAGACGCUUCAGCCACAGGGAGCUCCACAGACAGCGCCAGAGGCCCAGGAACCGGGGGAGCUGGAGACCCGGCAGCCGCGGGGGUCUCCACCGACGGCCCUGCGGGGGCUACAGCGGGAGCCCGAGGCCCUCGAGCACCCGGGACAGAGGGUGCCAGGGGCCCGUCAGCUCCAGGGGGCUCCGCAGGCAGCACUGGCGGCUCAUGAGCCUCAAGAUCCACAGGCCCUUGAGGCCCAGGACCAGGGGGAGCCCAGGGCCCAGAAACCCCAGGGGCGCCCACACGGGGCCCAGGAACCCCAGGGGCACCUACACGGGGAGCAGGAGCCCCAGGGGCGCCCACACGGGGAGCAGGGGCCCCAGGGGCACCCACACGGGGAGCAGGGGCCCCAGGGGCGCCCACACAGGGCCCAGGAACCCCAGGGGUGCCCACACGGGGAGCAGGGGCCCCAGGGGCACCCACACGGGGCCCAGGAACCCCAGGGGCGCCCACACGGGGCCCAGGAACCCCAGGGGCGCCUACACGGGGAGCAGGGGCCCCAGGGGCACCUACACGGGGAGCAGGGGCCCCUUCAGGCCCAGGGGACCCCACAAGGGGACCCAGCAGUUCUCGAGCCCCCCGAACACAGGGAGCCACUGGUCCUUCAGCCCAGGCAGCUGGUGGGGCUGGCCCCCCCUGAACCCCCACAGAGGCAGCUGGAGACCCGGCAGGCCCCAGGGAGGCUGCAAAGGGAGCCGGGGGCUCCUGAGUCCCCGGGGGACCCUCGGCCCCAGGAGGUUCUGCUGAGGGAGCCCCAAGGACAGCAGGCGCCGAGGGCCCGUUGGAUCCGGGGGGCUCUGCAGUCAGACCUUAGCACCCCACAGGGCCUGGAGCCCGAGGGAUGGAGGGAGGCGCAGGCCAGUCAGCUCCAGCCGGAGCCCGAGGCCCCUGCACCCCAAGAAGUGAGGGGCCCCCCAGAACCCCUUCAGCCUCAGGGAUCUCUGCAGAGGGAGCAAGGAAGGCCCCAGGAAGGGAGGGAGCCAGUGGGCCCCGCGCACCAGGGCCCGAGGGUGGCAGAGCCGCUUAUGCCCUGGGACCCUCCCCAGAGCCAGCCAGAGCCGUGGGGGGUCCGGGGGGCUCAGCCGAUGGAGCCCUCAGGAGCCCCUCAGCCCCAGGGAGCUGUGCUGAGGGACCCCCCCGGGGUUCAUCCCCAGGGUCCGCGGGCGCCGAGACCAGCCCUGCUGCUGGGGCCAGGCAGCGCCCAGGCCCCGGGGACGCUGCACGGGGAGGAGCUGCCGGCCCCUCGACUCCAGCCAAUGCUCGAGCUGGGGCCGCUCCCGGCCCAGGGGCGCCUGCAGGGGGACCCCGAAGUGAUCCGGCCCCGGGAGCUGGGUAGGCCGCAGGUCCCACAGCUCCAGGAAACUCCGCUGGGGCCGCUCCAGCCCCGGGACAGUGUAGAGCUCCAGGAGCUGAAGGGACAAGGGGCUCCCCAGGUCUCGCCGUUCAAGGCAUGGGGACCAGGGGCCUGUCAGCCCCAGGGAGCGCGGCUGAGGGAGGCUCUUGGGCCCCGGGAACUUGGGGGACCCCAGGUGGGACCAGAGGUGGCCCAGCCUUGGGGAGCUCCGCUGCUGGAGGUGGAGCCUGCUCAGUGCCAGGUGCUGGAGCCCCGGGACCCGGAGACUGAGGGGCCCCGGGUGUCCCCGCUGCAGGAGCCGGAGACCGAGGGGCCCCAGGCGUCCCCGCAACGGGAGCCGGAGACCGAGGGGCCCCGGGUGUCCCCGCAGCAGGAGCCGGAGACCGAGGGGCCCCAGGCGUCCCCGCAACGGGAGCCGGAGACCGAGGGGCCCCGGGCGUCCCCGCAGCAGGAGCCGCAGACCGAGGGGCCCCAGGCGUCCCCGCAACGGGAGCCGGAGACCGAGGGGCCCCGGGCGUCCCCGCAGCGGGAGCCGGAGAGUGAGGGGCCCCGGGCAUCCCCGCAGCGGGAGCUGGAGACCAAGGGGCCCCGGGCAUCCCCGCAGCGGGAGGUGGAGACCGAGGGGCCCCGGGCAUCCCCGCAGCGGGAGGUGGAGACCGAGGGGCCCCGGGCAUCCCCGCAGCGGGAGCUGGAGACCGAGGGGCCCCGGGCGUCCCCGCAGCGGGAGGUGGAGACCGAGGGGCCCCGGGCGUCCCCGCGGCGGGAGCCGGAGACCGAGGGGCCCCGGGCGUCCCCGCGGCGGGAGCCAGAGAGUGAGGGGCCCCGGGCAUCCCCGCAGCGGGAGGUGGAGACCGAGGGGCCCCGGGCGUCUCCACGGAGGGAGCCAGAGACUGAGGGGUCCCGGGCGUCCCCGCGGCGGGAGCCGGAGACCGAGGGGCCCCGGGCGUCCCCGCGGCGGGAGCCGGAGACCAAGGGGCCCCGGGUGUUCCUGCAGCGGGAGCCAGAGACUGAGGGGCCCCGGGCAUCCCCGCAGCGGGAGGUGGAGACCAAGGGGCCCCGGGCGUCUCCGUGGAGGGAGCCGGAGACUGAGGGGCCCCGGGCGUCCCCGCAGCGGGAGGUGGAGACCAAGGGGCCCCGGGCGUCUCCGUGGAGGGAGCCGGAGACUGAGGGGCCCCGGGCGUCCGCGCAGUGGGAGGUGGAGACCGAGGGGCCCCGGGCGUCCCCGCAGCGGGAGGUUGAGACCGAGGGACCCCGGGCGUCUCCGCGGAGGGAGCCGGAGACUGAGGGGCCCCGGGCGUCCCCGCGGCGGGAGCCAGAGAGUGAGGGGCCCCGGGCGUCUCCGCGGAGGGAGCCGGAGACCGAGGGGCCCCGGGCAUCCCCGCGGCGGGAGCCGGAGACCGAGGGGCCCCGGGCAUCCCCGCGGCGGGAGCCGGAGACCGAGGGGCCCCGGGUGUUCCUGCAGCGGGAGCCGGAGACCGAGGGGCCCCGGGCAUCCCCGCAGCGGGAGGUGGAGACCGAGGGGCCCCGGGCGUCUCUGCGGAGGGAGCCGGAGACUGAGGGGCCCUGGGCGUCCCCGCGGCGGGAGCCGGAGGCCCUGGAGCCCCAGGAACGAAGGGAGCUGGCAGCCCCAGUGACCCUCCAGCUCCAGGACACCCCAUGGAGGGAUCCAGCAGCCCUGCCGCCCUGUCGGGUGCUGCCGAGGGAGCCGGGAGCCGCUGAGCCUGUGGAGAUGAAGGAGCCAGAGGCUGCUGAGCCGCUGGAGGAACAGGAGGCGGUGGAGACCCAGGGCCCGGCCCCGAUGGCGCUGGAGCCCUGGCACGGCCAGGGGACGCUGCAGAGGGAGCCUGUGGGUUGUGGGCCCCGGGAGCUGCAGGCCCAGCGAGCCCAGCACGGGAACCAGGGGGCGUUUCAGCCCCAGCAGCCCGUGCAGUGGGGUGGGGAGGUGCUGCCGGCCCAGGGUGCUGCUCAGCGGAGGCCGCAGGCCCAUCAGCGUCUGGAGCCAGCGGAAGCCACUGGGCCUGCCCCACCCAGCCCCGGGCGUCCUGGCCAGAGCCCCUGGGGUGCCCCGGCCUGGGAGCAGGCAGCCCUCGGCGCUGGAGGCUGUGGGGCGAGCCCCGGCUGGGGGGCCCAGCACGGCGAGCGUGGAGGGGAAGCCAUGGGGCCAUGCUGGCCUGGCCUGGCCGCCCCGUGGGGCCGGCCGUGGGGCAGCCCCCUGCGCCGGGAGAAGGCCUUUAUCCGCCCCGCCAGGCGGGAGCAGCAGGAGGCCCUGCGCCGGCUGGCGGAGCUGCAGCUGGAGGGGGGGCGCAGGCACCAGCGCGACAAGGAGCGGCAGCUGCUGCGGUUCCAGGAGCGACUGUCCAUCGCCAGGCACAGGUCAGUGGAGACUCUUCCGGGGGGACCCCAGCCCCCUGCGGAGCCUCAGCUGCAGGAGGCCCGGGCACAGCAGAGGGAGGCGCUGAAGCAGCACCUGGAGCAGGUGAAGCGGGAGCGGACGCAGGGCCUGCAGGCCAGGCGCCACAGGAACACGCUGAGUUUCCAGGAGCUCUUGGAGCCGCUGGUGGCGCCGGGUGAGGACGGCAGCGACCUGAGCCGAGCUGGGCAGACGUGAGCACGGGUGGGCACGCGGAGACAGGCAGCCCCCUCCCCUCGCUCCCAGCCAGGCAUUGGCAGGGGGCCGCCAGCGCACAGCUUGGGAUGAAGUGGGGGAUUUGUGUGCCUCAGUUUCCCCGGUGUGCGGCACCGUUACCUAGGUGCUGGGACUCAGGUGUGACUGGCCAGACAUUGUGACUUAGCAGCUGGGGCAAGAAGCCAGCUGGCCCAGAGGGGUCCAGGUGACCGGUUUUGCCGGACAGACAACACAGGAUG